CUCAGGAGGCAGUACUUUGUCAUCUGACGUACAUUCCCUCCGUCUCUCAAUCCCUCUCCGUCCAUCUCUCUUAUGAUGAGAUGGAUGAUGAUGACCGUGCGUGAGGGAGAGAAAGAGGGAGGGAGGAAGAGAGGGAUAAUACCUUCUGAAUACAUGAUGAAUGUAGUCAUCAGGCUUAAACUGACUGGGGGGCGAGUGGAGCGCGGAGACCGAGACUGUGCAUGAUCAGCUCUCAUUGCUUGCAGCCUGAGGAGGAGAGGGGAUGCUGAACAACAUGAUGGACGGCGAGGAGGGAGAGGGGGGACCCAACAGUCAGGGUGAUGGGAAUCCCAAAGAAAGCAGUCCUUUCAUCAACAGCAGCGCAGCCACCGAUGCGGAGAAGAGCCAGCAGUACGAUGGCAAGAACAUGGCUCUGUUUGAGGAGGAGAUGGACACCAGCCCCAUGGUCUCCUCUCUGCUCAGCACUCUGGCCAACUACUCCAACCUGCCAACUGGCAGCAAAGAGCACGAAGAGGCCGAGAACAACGAGGAGGGAGCACGCCCAUCUAAAAAACCUGUCAAGGCUCCCCAGUUGGGCACUCUGAUGGGAGUGUACUUGCCGUGCAUCCAGAAUAUUUUCGGCGUGAUCCUCUUCCUGCGGAUGACGUGGAUGGUGGGGAUUGGCGGCGUCUUCGGCUCAUUCAUUAUUGUCUUCAUGUGUUGUUCCACGACCAUGCUCACAGCCAUCUCCAUGAGUGCCAUUGCAACAAAUGGAGUUGUACCAGCUGGAGGGUCGUACUACAUGAUCUCUCGCUCUCUGGGGCCCGAGUUUGGCGGCGCCGUUGGGAUCUGCUUCUACCUGGGCACCACAUUCGCAGGCGCCAUGUACAUUCUUGGUUGCAUUGAAAUUUUGCUGAUUUAUAUUGUUCCUCAAGCAGCCAUCUUUAAGAUUGAGGGUCUGGAGGGGUCGGAAGCAGAAGCUGCUCUGCUCAACAACAUGCGGGUUUACGGCACCAUCGUGCUGAGCUUCAUGGCCCUGGUGGUGUUUGUGGGGGUCAAAUAUGUCAACAAGCUGGCGCUGGUCUUCCUGGCCUGCGUCAUCCUCUCUAUUCUGGCUGUUUACGCUGGCGUCAUCAAGACCGCCAUCGACCCCCCUGUCUUCCCCGUCUGCCUCCUGGGGAAUCGAACUCUCAUGUCUAAAGGAUACGACGUGUGCGCAAAGGUGAUUGAAAUAGACAACGACACCAUCACCACCAAGCUGUGGAGGUCCUUCUGUGAUUCAGAGUACCUCAAUGCCACGUGUGACGAAUACUUCACCAACAACAAUGUGACGGAGAUACAGGGAAUCCCAGGGGUCACCAGCGGCAUCCUGGCAGAAAACCUCUUUGGGAACUAUCUGGAAAAAGGGAUGAUCCUGGAGAAGCGUGGACUUGUGUCUGAUUCGGAUCCUGACAGUCCCACUACAAACUCCAACCGCUUCGUCCUGGCAGACAUCACCAGCUUCUUCACCCUGCUGGUGGGGAUCUAUUUCCCGUCUGUCACAGGUAUCAUGGCCGGUUCCAACCGCUCUGGAGACCUGCGUGAUGCUCAGAAGUCCAUCCCCAUCGGCACCAUCGCAGCCAUCACCACCACAUCCACUGUGUACAUGUCCUGCGUGGUGCUGUUUGGUGCUUGUAUAGAAGGAGUGGUCCUGAGAGAUAAGUUUGGUGAGGGGGUCAGCGGCAACCUGGUGAUCGGUACGCUGGCGUGGCCGUCUCCGUGGGUCAUUGUGUUCGGCUCCUUCUUCUCCACCUGUGGAGCUGGACUUCAGAGUCUGACAGGAGCUCCACGUCUCCUACAGGCCAUCUCAAGGGACGGCAUCAUCCCUUUUCUUAGAGUGUUCGGUCACGGUAAAGCCAACGGGGAGCCUACCUGGGCGCUUCUACUCACGGCCAGCAUCUGUGAGAUUGGAAUCAUCAUCGCCUCCCUCGAUGCAGUCGCUCCCAUCCUCUCCAUGUUCUUCCUGAUGUGCUACAUGUUUGUCAAUCUUGCCUGCGCUCUGCAGACUCUGCUGAGGACACCCAACUGGAGGCCACGCUUUAAAUUCUAUCACUGGGCUCUGUCUUUCCUGGGAAUGAGUCUGUGCCUGUCGCUCAUGUUCAUCUGCUCUUGGUAUUACGCAAUAGUGGCCAUGGGCAUCGCCACCUGUAUCUACAAAUACAUUGAGUUCUGUGGGGCUGAGAAGGAGUGGGGUGAUGGGAUACGUGGGAUCUCGCUCAGCGCUGCUCGCUUUGCUCUGAUGAGGCUGGAGGAAGGACCGCCACACACCAAGAACUGGAGGCCUCAGAUCCUGGUUCUGGUCAGUGUUGAUGCUGAGCAGAAUGUGGAGCAGCCUCGUCUGCUCUCUCUGACCAAUCAGCUGAAAGCAGGAAAAGGUCUGACCAUUGUUGGGACAUCGGUUCAAGGGACUUUCCUUGACAACUAUGUUGAAGCCCAGAGAGCGGAUCAGUCUUUGCGUAAGCUGAUGGAGGCAGAAAAGGUGAAGGGCUUCUCUCAGGUGGUCAUCUCCUCCAACCUGAGAGAUGGGACGUCUCAUCUGAUCCAGGUUGGAGGACUUGGAGGUCUGAAGCACAACACGGUGAUGGUCUGCUGGCCCCGUAACUGGAAACAGCCUGAGUGCCACCAGCAGUUUAGGAACUUCAUUGAGGUAGUUAGAGAGACAACUAUAGCCAGCCUGGCCUUGUUGGUUCCUAAGAAUAUCUCCAGUUAUCCAUCCAAUGGCGAACGCUUCACCGAAGGCCACAUAGAUGUCUGGUGGAUCGUCCACGAUGGAGGCAUGCUGAUGCUUCUGCCCUUCCUGCUGCGCCAGCAUAAGGUGUGGAGAAAGUGCAAGAUGCGCAUUUUCACUGUCGCUCAGAUGGACGACAACAGCAUCCAGAUGAAGAAAGACCUCAUCACUUUCCUCUAUCACCUGCGCAUCGAUGCUGAGGUGGAAGUGGUGGAGAUGCAUGACAGCGACAUCUCAGCCUACACCUAUGAGAAGACUCUGAUAAUGGAGCAACGUUCACAGAUCCUAAAACAGAUGCAUCUGACCAAGAAUGAGAUGGAGAGAGAGAUUCAGAGUAUUACAGACUCAUCCCGAGGAUCCAUCCGGCGUAAAAACCCGGCUGCCUUGCGGCCCCAGCACAGCGCUGAGGAGGGAGCCAGCGUGGCAGAAAAACCAGAGGAGGAGUCUGUGGCUGUCUCCAACCCAAAACAGGUGCAGCUGAUCCAGAGCAAGAAUGCCUCCACGCCAACCAGCCCCACGAGCCCCACGUCUCCUGCAGCGCCUGCAGGAGGAGCUUCCACCUGGACCGACAGCAAGGGGGCGGACAAGGGGAAGAACCUGUCAGCAGCGACCCCAGAGCGGGCCAAAGACCUCUUCAACAUGAAACCGGAAUGGGAGAACUUGAACCAGACUGAUGUGAGGCGCAUGCACACAGCGAUGCGGCUCAAUGAGGUCAUCACAAAGAAGUCCAAGGAGGCCAAACUAAUCCUGCUCAACAUGCCUGGACCACCAAAGAACCGUGUGGGCAACGAAAACUACAUGGAGUUCCUCGAGGUGCUCACUGAAGGUCUCAAUCGGGUCCUGCUGGUGCGUGGAGGUGGACGUGAAGUCAUCACCAUCUACUCUUGAGGGGCUUCUUCGGUUUUAGCAGCGUCUACACGAACUCUCCCCUCUCAUCCCUCCCUGUUAUUGCAGGAAUAUCCUCCCACACCGUCCUGGCGGCAGGGUUUUCAGGUGACACGUAGAACCAGCUGUGACUCUUAACCACUAGAAUACAAAAUCCAUGCAGUCUCUGCUUUUGACGUGUUGGUUGACAGUUUAAUUACAAAACAAAAGACCUCAAAAACCUAUUCUCCGAAAAUGGAAGGUUUUAAAUAUUUCUUUUUCUGAUUUGUUAAAUCCACUUUCUGUUAACUUUUUUUCUCCGCUUGUUUUUGUCCCUGAUCAACCGUAAAAGAGGAAUGUUCUUUCUUUGUCAUUUUUAUCUGUUUUCUAUCACUUAGCGUAGUUGUUAUUUAUGUAUUUAUUCAUCUUAUCAUGUCUGUCUUUGUUUUUGUCUUCAAUAGUAUGGUUGAAAUUACACAAAACUAGAGUACUGUUAUAACAAUUUAUUGUGGGAAAAUCUUGGAUAAGGACAUUAAUGUGAUGCACUUACAGUUAUUAACUGGAGUAAUAAAAGAGCCGAGGUGGGAGCUGCUGGUUAUUAUGUACAGAAAUUUAGACAAAAAUCCAUACGGGUGCAACAAUUUCAGUUUAAAUGACCCCAUGGGUAAUAUGUGAGAUCACUGGCUGGUCCUUAUUAUGACAAUGAUUUAUCUGUUAUUUAUUCAUCAGCAUCACUCACAGAGAGACUGGCAGAAAUUAAAAUAUAGAGAAAAUUAUUUAACAGAUUUUUGUGAUCAUAAACCUGAUUGUUUGAUUUUAUUAUAUGCUGUUGGAAUAUGAAUGGAGUUACACGCUGCAACACAAAGCCUUUGAGCUCAGUGACAGACACUUUAAAUACUCCACAUUCAUUUAUCAUUUAAUAGAUAUUACUCCUUCCGUAGCCAUGUUUUCCAGAUAGCUGCGGUGCUAGUUGAUCAGGAUGUACUGGGAUCUUGAGCUACUUUGUUUUUUUCAUAAUGGGAUAAUUAAAGGUAUUUUUGAAAACUGAAAAGAUAAAGCAGAUUUUGGUACUUCAUCACAAAUGGCACAUGAAAGCAGCUUUUUAUCUCUGUACAGACACUGUACACAUCAUGAGUGUUUCUCUUCUGAGUUUGAAAAAAAAAGUGCCAUUACAUAAUAUUAAAAUGUUUGUGUCCUCAAACAAGAAAAGAAUUUUUAAAACACAUAAAUUUAGUUCUUAUAGUAUUACUAAUUCUACUUUAAAGUAUUUAAAAGAAAUUUAUUAAAAGGGAGCAUUUUUUUUAAUGUUUUAUUCUUCUGUGAAAAUAUUAAAUAUCCAUUAUAUUUACUGGUGUUGUCAGAGGCACUAAAAAUAUUUUACAGCACAUCAGAUAUUUUAUUUUUAAAUGGUGUGGUUCAGAAAAUAUAGAUAGAUCAUUUAUUUUAAUAAUCAUAAAUAUAAUAUGUUUUAUGCGUGGUGAGUGCACAGAAAGGAAAAGCUGGGCGUUUAGGGAAAUGAACUUCUUGAUGAGAUUAAUGUAAGAACAUUCAAUCAAUUAAAGUUUCAAUCAAAGUUUAUUUCUAUAGCACUUUUCAUACAUAAAGUAGCACAAAGUGCUUAACAAGUUAAAAACAAACAUUAAAAAGACAAUGUCCCACAUCCCUCCCAACUCCUGCCCCCAUCAUACUCCCUAUCAACACACACACAUACACACGCAGACAGUCACGCGCGCGCACGCACACACACACACACACACACACACACACACACACACACACACACACUUCUACAUCAGAAAUAAUAGCGUUGGUUGACUGAGAGCAGAAGCACCAGAAAGAGGAAACCCCAUCACUGAGAGCCGCCUGCACCCGGGGCAGCAGCAGGCCCCAGCAGGCCCCCACAGUGAUACCUCUGAACCCCAAAUAUGUGUUAAUCCAUAAUAGAACAGCAGUUAAUCAUUUUACGGGGCUUACAUACCAGAUUCUUUACUGAUUAUUUUUGUUCACAGAGUAAUAAUCUUAAACGUAAUUCAGUAUAAUGGUGAAACAAACAACGUACAAUGUGUUACAACUUAGUGGUUGGGAAAUUUUCCUACAGUUGGACACAGCUGUGUCCCAGAUGUGUCCAACUUUCUCAUGUCAUUCUCUGUAAGAAAACAGUCAAGCAACUAUUAUUGUGAAAUUUGCUGCAAUAUUGCGAACACCAAUGUGUGAACAAUGUAAACCCCACAAAUGAAAGAAUCUCCGAAGAAUCACAUCAAUUUCUUAGCAUGAUUUAUGCAUUCAGUCCGAUGAUCCUGUCUCUCAGACCUCUAAUUUAUGUGUGCAUAAAUGCUCAUACAGUAGAUUUUUCACUUCUAUUUGUAUAUGGUUUAUUGAUUUUUCAACUUGGAUGUCAUGGACAUAUAUUUGUCAUAGAAUCCUCACAAACUCAACCAAUUCUGUAAACUUUUGUUAGGUAAGAUCAGUGCCCCAGAAAUGUACAUAGUUUAUAAUAGCAGUAUGGAAACAAAGCGUUUAGUUCUAAUAAUUUAUGAUGAAAGUUUUUGUCCAAUCAUGUAUGCAUAGAGUAGCUUGACUUGAUUUUUUUUUUUUGCUCCCCUGGCCUUUUUCUGCAUCAGUUUCUAGCUAAAAGAAAAUUUGUAGCCAAUAUUAUCUUUUCCAUAAAAUCUUAACAUUUGUAAGUAUUCAGAUUUCCUUCUGAUUUAUUUUACACGUUUUUUAAUACAGUAGUUUAAUACACAGCCUCACCUCAUUACAGACACGAUGCUAUAUUAGUAAAUAUCUGUACAGCCCUCGGUGUUUCCCUUAUAAUUCAGAAAAGUCUGGGUGCAGAACGACAAGAACUGUAUUUACUUUUGAGUCAUAAGAUGACGGUGUCAGGGAGGUGAAUAUUUAUGAUGGUCACUAGCAUGCAGAAAUUUAGAGUCACAGUUUAUAAACUCCCUCAGCAAAGUGUGUGUGUGUGUGUGUGUGCGAGCGCGCGUGUGUGUGUGUGCGUGCGUGUGUGUUGUGACCACAUGUCUGUAUGCUUUAUGUGAACCUACUACUUGUUUGAGUGAGGAUAGUGUGUGCUGAAGAGCGAGACAGAGUGAAGACGGGACAUUUGUAAAUUGACCUGUGAUUUUAGGCUUAGAGAUAACACGUGUAAUGUGACACUACAGGUUUUAUAGAUAUGAAAUAGGCAGUUUGUAUUGUCUUUAAAAUUGUUAAACAAACUUUAUUUUAUGUUCUACCACGUCUUAUGAAAUUAUGUACAAGAAAUGGUUUGAAGAAACCAUUUUAUAUGUCAACACAAAAUGCAAUAAAUUAAAAUCCUUUUAAUAUGA